GGGUGCGGCGGCGUCCCGGUAACGCCGGCAGGUAUAGCUUAGUGUUAUGGGUGAUACAAAAGAAGCUAAAAUGCAGAUAACACCAGAAACUCCAGGACGAGUCACAGUCCUGAAUCCUUUUGAAAGUCCCAGUGAUUAUUAUACUCUUCAGGAGCAGAUUGUCUCCAGUCCUUCAGUCUUUAAAUCAACAAAAUCCUCGUCUACACCAGGAAAAUUUAGAUGGUCUAUUGAUCAGCUUGCUCUAAUAAAUCCUGUGGAAAUUGACUCGGAAGAUGUUCGACGCCAGGCAAUGUGUUUGAGUCAUGCGAGAAUUGAUAAGGAGACAGAAGACAGAAGGCAAAAAGCCAUUGAGGAGUUUUUCACAAAAAGACUCAUAGUUCCUUCUCCUUGGACUGAACAUGAAGGCAAGCAAGUUUCUCAGUUUAAUUCAACUAAAUCCAUAGAUCUAAAUAGCAUUUCUCCAAUUGGAAGACAGCUAACUUUGCAGCCUGGGAAAAGCAAUGCUUCUUGUCAGACGGUACUGUCUUUGCCAGUGGAUUUUAAUUUAGAGAAAAUACUAGGUGAAUAUUUUAGACCUGAUGAAUUUGCAGAUCAGUCUCAGGAAAAUCUGAGCUCUUCAUCACUCAGAAGAAAGCUGUUUUUAGAAGAAAAUGGAAGUGUAUCUGAGUGUUUGUCCCCUUCUCUGCGUAGUCCAUGCGGUAGUCAGCCACUUGGAGUGCUUUGUUCAAUAGACAUAUCUCCAGUCCGGUGCAGAAGCCCUCUGGAAACAUCUAGUUCAGGUCAGUUUUCAUCAAGUCCUAUUCAGGGAGGAACAAGGGCUUAUAGUCUGGGAAGUAUAACCAGUCCCACGUUUCCAGAGGGGUCUCCUGCACAUAAUGGUUCUCCUACUUUUUCACCAAUUGCUUUUCACAUAAGAAAGACACCGCUGUCAGACCAAAGAAAAUUUACAUUUCGUUCUCCAGAUAUUCCUUCUUCCUCAAAUAGAAUGACACCCCCAAGUACAAGAAGUCCUUAUAUAGAUGGUUGUUCUCCAAUUAAAAAUUGUUCUCCUAUGAGGCUUGGAGCAUGUAGAGGAACUGCCCAGUAUCAGACUUCUGUCAUUAGAAUACCGAUUGCAGUUGAGAAUCAUGGUGAGGAUGAGGAAGACAAGGAAAAUGCUUCUCCAGCAGAAGCUCGGUUCCCAGAAAUGGGUAAUGGAAUAAACUUAUGUCAGCAAGACGGUGAUACUUUUGCACAUGGUACACAUCUUGUGGUAGCAACUGUGUCUAUUGCACCAGAGCACUCAGAAGCUUGUCAUCAAAGGUUGUCAUCAUUUCAGGAUAUAGAAGGCUCAAAGGAAAAUAAUACUGUAGAUAUGGCUGAUGCAGCUGAAGUGUCAGAGGAAAACACUUGGAUAAAAGAAACAAUUGGCAAUAGCAAUGCACCAAUGACCAGCUUUAUGACGGGGAUUACUUUCAGUAUUGAAAACUCUCGCAUGUGCAUGUCACCUCUUGCAGAAAGCAGCGCAAUUCCUUGUGACAACAGUAGCAUUCAGGUGGACAGUGGUUAUAAUACACAGACUUGUGGAAGCAGCAUUAUGGAUACUGCGGGGGCUGAAAACAGUUGCAGAGAAAAUGAUGUGAAUACUAACGUGUUUCAGAAUAAAUCUCAGCUGCUUAGAACAAAGGAGUGUUCCGUUUUAAACCAUAAGGACAAUCAGUUGCUGAGAGCAAAAUCUCCAGAGAAGCAAUCCUGUUUCCAAAAAGCAAAACCACAUAGUACAGUAUUUGGUCAAAAUGCGACUUGCAACAUUUCUGCCUGGAAACAUAAAAAUGAAAAUCAAGUUCAGGGAUUUCACAAAAAUGGAAUACUAGCGCUGGUACCAAGAAAGAGUCACUGGACAGAAAUGAACUGCUGGGGGUGUGAUGAGAGCAGGGCUGGAGUAACAGCAGAGGGCAAGGAUAUCCAGUCCCAGGAUACUGGAUGGAAGUUCUGCUUCCUAUUUGUUCCACAACCCACAGAAAAGCUUGUACCAAAGUGAUAGACCAUGGCCGAUGAGUAGCUAUUGGCACACUAAGCCUGAAACAGCUGGUCAGACCUAAA